AUGAAGGGCGCAAUACCGACCACACAAAUCGCCGCGGUCAUCGAGAAUCCCGGCCCAAAGGGAACAGUCCGAAUCACUAAUACACACCCCGUCGAGACUCCAAACAGGAACCAGGUCCUCGUGAAGCUAGCAUUCAGCGGUAUAUGUGGAUCAGAAGUUCGAGCCCUCCUUGGCUGGGGCAAAUACAAGCCAGUCGUAGGCCACGAAGGCAUCGGCACAGUCGUCCAAGCAGGCGAAGGUGUCUCAGAAUCACUGCUCGGCCAGAGAGUAGGCGUCAAAUGGCUUCACAGCGCAUGCAGCCAAUGUUCUCACUGCAAAACCUCCUCUUCAAAUCACUGCGUAGCGCCCGUCUUUACUGGACUCCACGUUCAAGGGACUCUACAGCAAUACGUCGUCGCCGAUGCACGAUAUCUCACGAGGAUUUCUGAUGCCUUAGCUGGCGAACUGGCUGCUCCUCUGCUGUGCGCAGGCUUGACCAUGGCGGGCGGAAUUGCGGCACUGGACCGGCAUAUUCCAACCGAUGGCUGGGUCGUAAUAUCAGGUUCUGGCGGUGGCCUAGGACAUAUAGGAGUCCAAAUGGCCAGCAGGCUGAGAGCCUAUAGGGUUAUUGCCGUCGAUUCGGGGGCGUCAAAGCGCGAGCUCAGCCUCCAAUGCGGCGCCAAAGCCUUUAUCGACUUUGAGGCGGAGGAUGUCGAGCAGAGGGUGAAGGAGAUCACUGGCGAAGGAGCUCAUGCUUGCCUUAUUGUAUCCGGAUCCGAAACUGCGUUUGAACUUGCGCCAAAGUUGGUUCGCAACACAGGAUUAUUGGCGGUCAUCGGCCUGCCACCUGCUACGUUCAAUUUCCCCUUGGCAGCCAGCGUAUAUGCUGCAAAAGCACUCACCGUCACGGGAAUCAUGGUAGGGAAUGAGCAGCAGAUGGACGACCUUCUUCAGCAAGCAGUCGCGGGCAUUAUCAAGCCGGACAUACAGGUUGAAGAGUUCUCUCAAGUCCCGCAGAUUUUUGACAUGCUCAAGGACAAUCAGGUAACUGGGAGGAUAGUGGUGAAGAUUCCAGAGUAA